AUUUAUUGCUGGCAGGCCCCGAGCAUUUCUCUACACUCUUCUUGCUGGAAUCCCUUCUGCCUAUUCUCGUCUCCUCGCUGUCUGACUUUGCAGAACGACAGCUGCCGGCGGUUGCCAACUUGCCUCCUCGGAGUCCCCGCAGCGUCAUCGCCCCGCCUUGAUAUCACCGAUUGAUUAAUUUAAUUAAUUUGGGUCUUUUCGCAAUCUUCCAUUGACUUCAUCUAUUCCUUCUUGCUCGAAUUAAUUCAUUUCUCUUCUUUAUUACAUCCUCUACAACAAACAACCACAAAACUACACAAUGACUUCCCCCGCCCAAGACCCCCGCCUCCUCUACAGCAUCAACAACAUCAAAGCCUUCCACCUGCAACAUGGCGACGAGCAGGACCUCACCCCGUCCGGUCCCCAGACCCUCUCCCUCCUAAUGGUGCCCACCAGCACCGCGCCCGCCAACUCCCCCGAAGCCUCGCCCGAGGAGGACUUCUACCUGCACCUGCACCUGCCGCCCGAGCUGGACCUGGCCCUCCCCGCCACUACCCAGAUCUACCACCAGCCGCCGAACAGCUACCUGAUCCCGCGAUGGGACACGGGCCCGGACGCCGGCGCCUUCAUCCGCAUCCAGUUCCCCGGCAUCGGCGCCGGCCCGGACAGAGUCACCCAGGAGGAUGUCGACACGUUCGAGACCAUCCUCGCCCAGUGUACCGCGUUCCUGGAGCGUGCCGCGCCCCCGAAGGGUCCUGCGCCGUAUAAUCCGGCGAACUUUGCCCCGGGCGAGGGGUAUGUUUCGGCGGGUGCUGGUGCGGCUGGUGCAGGCCCGGCGACGAAGCAGGACGCUCACGGGCGGAUCGUCCUGGUCGACGAGGAAGAUGGUAGCGUGGUCGGUGAGAUGGAGGGGUAUGAUGUUGUUGAGAAGCCUGGCGUGAAGCCUGGGUCUAAGAGACCCGUGGAAGUCGAACUCCCCAGCGAAGGCGAAAAGAACGAGAUCAGCGUCAGCAACGUAUCCGAAGAAUACCUGCGCAUGGCGCGCCACCCGGCCUACAAGAACUCAACCAUUGUGCAGACCUCCGCGACGGCGUCCCGUCUCCUCGUGACCGGGUCCACCUACCUCGCCAACGCGCUCGUCAGCGGCGCCGACAGCUUCACGAAGAAGACCAAGCCCAACCCCCAGCCCAUGACCUUCUCGGAGAACACGCACACGCGGGUGCGCAAGAUCGGCGACUUCUCGCACAGCGCGGCGGAUAUCUCCGCGCGCACGGUCGGGCAGGUUGGACGCGUGGCGCAGAACUUUGGGGCGACGCUGGCGCGACGGAAGGAGAACGCAGGGAAGAAUAAGGGGGUGGAUCGGAACGGGAACGGGAACGGGAAUGGGGAGUAUAAGCCGGGGAUGCUGAACAAGUCGAUGAUUGCGUUCUCGACGCUGGCGGAUGGGAUCGAGCAGAGUGCGAAGCAGGUGCUGACGACGGGGUCGGUGGCCGCGAGUCAGAUGAUCGGGCAUCGGUACGGCGCGGAGGCCGGGUCCGUGGCGACGGACCUGACCGGCGGGGUCAAGAACGUCGGGCUGGUGUAUAUCGAUGCGUCCGGGGUGAGUCGGAAGGCGGUGCUCAAGUCCGUGGCCAAGGGCAUGGUGGUCGGACGCAUGCGCGACGGCAAGCAGGUCGUGGUCGGCACCGGCGAUGGCGGCGAGGUCCCGUCUGGAGUCCCCGGUUCGAGUCGGGAUCCCGUGGCCAGACGCCCCUCGCCGAGCCCGACUCCGCCGCCGGCCUACGGGGCCUCGGGCACGAUGUCUCUCGCCGGCGGCGGCGGCGGCAUGUCGGGAGGGAAGCGUUGA